AUGAUUUGGAACAACACCACUAUGGACGGGGAAGGGUUGCUUGUGAAAAGGGAUUCCUGCUUUCGAAUCCUCACCGGCUGCUUCCUCUCCUUGCUGAUCCUUUCCACCCUCCUGGGCAACACGCUGGUCUGUGCCGCCGUCAUCAGAUUUCGCCACUUGAGGUCCAAGGUGACCAACUUCUUUGUGAUCUCUUUGGCAGUCUCAGACCUUUUAGUAGCAGUCUUGGUCAUGCCCUGGAAAGCUGUGGCAGAGAUUGCUGGAUUCUGGCCUUUUGGAUCGUUCUGUAACAUCUGGGUGGCAUUUGACAUCAUGUGCUCCACAGCCUCAAUCUUAAAUCUGUGUGUCAUUAGUGUGGACAGAUAUUGGGCCAUCUCCAGCCCAUUUAGGUAUGAGCGGAAAAUGACCCCCAGGGCAGCCUUUGUCAUGAUCAGUGUGGCAUGGACCUUGUCUGUGUUGAUUUCCUUCAUCCCUGUGCAGCUGAACUGGCACAAGGCUAAAACCACCAGCUUUCUAGACCUCAAUGCCAGUUUCCAAGGAGUAGCCUUGGACAAUUGUGAUUCUAGUCUAAACAGGAUGUAUGCCAUUUCUUCCUCACUCAUUAGCUUUUACAUCCCAGUAGCCAUCAUGAUAGUCACUUAUACGAGGAUAUACAGGAUUGCUCAGAAACAAAUCAGACGCAUUUCAGCCUUGGAGCGAGCCGCGGUCCACGCUAAGAACUGCCAGACCCCUGCCGGCAAUGGAAGCAGUCUGGAUUGCCAGCAGCCAGAAAGUUCCUUCAAAAUGUCCUUCAAGAGAGAAACGAAAGUCUUAAAGACUUUGUCGGUGAUCAUGGGGGUCUUUGUAUGCUGCUGGUUGCCCUUUUUCAUCCUGAACUGCAUGGUGCCCUUCUGUGAUCCCAGCAUUCCAUCGAGGGGAGUGGAGCCAUUUUGCAUUAGUUCUGCCACUUUUGAUGUUUUCGUUUGGUUUGGAUGGGCCAAUUCUUCGCUGAACCCCAUCAUUUAUGCCUUCAAUGCAGAUUUCCGCAAGGCGUUUUCCACUCUCCUGGGAUGCUACAGACUCUGUCCUGCUUCCAUUAAUGCUAUAGAGACAGUCAGUAUUAACAACAAUGGGGGCAUAGCCUUUUCCAGUCAGCUUGAGCCCAGAGGGUCCAGCCCCAAAGAGUGCAACUUGGUCUAUCUGAUCCCCCAUUCUGUGAUUUGCCCAGAAGAGGAUGACAUUGUGAAAAAUGAAGAGGAGGGGGAACUGUGUAAAACACUGGAGAAAAUGUCUCCAGCUCUAUCAGGUAUCUUGGAUUUUGAGGGUGAAGUAUCUUUGGAGAAGAUCCGCCCCAUCACGCAAAAUGGACAACAUAAAACCUGAGGUGUAAAGUCAGCCCAUCAAAAUGUAAAGGUACCAGAAAGGUUUUCUAGGUGUGUGUGCAUGCGUGCGUGCGUGUGCUUUAAUAUAAGAAAAUGUGCUAUUGUGAGAGUUAAAGCCAUCACUCAAAAGCCUGGGACUCAAGUAGCUGUUGCUUGACAGGAGCAUACCAUUCA